AUGAACGCUUACAACUCUCGACGAUACAACAACGCGAACGGGCGUUCCGGUCAGAUCGGGAACAAUGUCCAAGUGCAGGAAGAACACGAGACACUCCGGAAGAAAUGGGACAUGUACGAGGGCCGGCUCCAGAGGCACUGGGACGCGCUCGACAAAGACCAGCGACGCCAGUGCAUCCUCAAACUCAACGACGGCGAGAAUAUCCCACGGCACCCCGAGGACUCGGCUCACGGCGGUGUGCUGUCUAGCCUCGUGCCCGAGUGGAACCUUCGUGAUCUGACCGAUCCCGACGAGGACCGCCUCCUCGACAUCAUGGCCAACCGUGCUGUCCCGGACCUAAUUGACCAGUACAGGGUCAACGACAAAGAUUUCAUCGAGAGGAGAAUGGAGACUCACGAGCUCCGCGUCAAUGCGACUUUCAGGGACGCCUACAUUAUGUUCAUUGACAGCGACCAGUACGGACAAGCGGUGCAAAUCCCACGCUCCAAGAUGAAUGAGAUCGCGUGGGCCUUCAGAAUGGGAAAUAUGCUCCCCAAAGGAAUCGGGGAGAUGAUCUUGUGCCGCCAAUUGUUCCUUCUGCAGAGGCUCAACGACAUCGCGAAUUUCAUUCUCCAAGAAGCUGGAGUUAGUAAGAUUCCGCGCAAGCGUCGGGAGGUCGACCAGCUUGAUCUCGCCUGGUUGACCCGAACUCUUCUCAGCAACAGAAACUCUCCACAGCUGGCUAGUUGGUCACGGGGUGCUCCUCAGGCCCAGCCUGCGGCCAAGAAAGUAAAAGAAGACCCUCUCCCGGAUCCCAAGGACUUGAUUCGCGACCGCAAGAUCGCUUACGAGGCAUACCUGGAUUCGCUCGCGUCUCAGCCGGCGAUGUUUGCUCGGGAAGUUGCCGCCUGGUUCCCCAUCCGCCCGGAGCUUAUCGCUGAUGAGAAGGGAAGGUCCCUUCCUCUCAAAGCCGACAUGCACGCCAGCAGCGCCGUCUUGGAUGCUGCUCACAGUGCCAUCAAAGGUACCGUGAUCUCGUCUUAUGCGGAUCAACUACUGAGCCGACCUGAUGACGCAGGCUCGGACAAGCUCCGGAAAUCCAUCAUUUUGCAAGAGCUAUCGAACAUUGCGCAUCUUGACUACGUCCGACUGCAGUCUCUACUGAAGAGGCAGUUGACCAGGGACUCUAAGCUGUUCAAGCGUGUGUCGAACGGGGUCGAUGCCGUGGGAAACCCCAACAUCAAACUGAAGGGCAAGCCACAGGAUCUGUACCUCAAGACCGACUUUGACAAGUAUGGAGCAACGCUCCAACGAGAUGCGUUUGAGACGAUGGGAUUGCUGUCGUUGAGCGCGGCCGUGAAUCUGUCACUGGCACAGAAGGGGCCGGUUCCUUCGCGAAAGAAAGCUCAGUCCUUCGUCACCCGGGCUCAAGAGCUCGAGGCGGAGCUCAACCGGCUUAAGAAAGAUCUUGGCCCCGUGCUUACCAAGAAGGCUCUUGACGAUGGUCUUAUCGACGGCGCAUUGGAGCGACUGGACGAGAUCGUUGCCGAGAAAGCGGGCGCGAGACUGGCUUUCUUGUACGAGGACCUGAUCCAGGACAGCUUCGCGUAUCUCUACAAGCAGUAUGAUCACGCCAAGGCCAAUGGCGAGACCGACUGGACGGCACUCGCAGUGGAGCCCCAACAGCCUUCUGAGGAACUGGUCGAGAGUCGCAAGCAGAGGGACAAGUCCCGAUCAUCUAGCCGGUCUCAACUUGAUAUGAUCUCUAGUGCGAGGGAGCCGGUGCCUGCGUCACCAACCAUCGAAGUCGAAUACGAGGAUAUGGUUGAGACGUUCAGAAACUUGAUCAGAAAGUCCGAGCCGCGUGAAGCGGUCGGCUGGCCUGCGUUUAAUCUGGCGAUAAAGGAGUUGGCAUUCAACUUGAUCCGUACAGCAGAUGGAUUGAACCAUGCAUUUGAAUCGUCUAGGUUCGGGUGCAAGCUUCUUGUGGUUUCUCCGCCUUACAAGGGCAAAUUUGAAGGAGACUCGGCUCUUGUGCUCGGUCAGCGGCUGAACAAAGCCUACGGAUGGACUGAAGAUACGUUUUACGAAGAGGACCCUGGGAAAUAUCUGGACGAAACAUACUCUAGACCCGACUCUGAAUCCGACUGGGAAAGUGAAGAUUGA